UACAAACGAGGGGCCAAUAGCUUCCACUUACCAUAACCAUGGUGGUUGUGUCGACGCCCACUUCCACUCUAUCUUCUCCCACCACCAACCUCGCAACCCAUUUCACCAACAUAACCUGCAAGCCAGUUUCACCCUUGCUGCAAUUCUUCCACCAGGUUUAUGGCAAUCCCACGAGACCCAGUAGGCCAAAAGUGCCAAACUCUAAUGGGGUCUUGUCUGUUAGAGCUUACAUGGAGAAUCCCAACUCUAUAUCCGGUUUUGCCAGCAAGGUCAUCGGUUCCCUCCCUGUUGUUGGCCUAAUAGCGAGAAUUAUGAGCGACGAAGGUGGCCUUGGCGGUGAAAUUAUUGAUUUUACUGAGUUCAGAAUGCGUGUGGGCAACAAGUGUAGCAUUUCUGACUCUAGAGCUUUCUAUGAGUUCCAAGAACGACGAGGCCGGGCAGGGGAUCCUUUGUAUGUUCUACUAUGUUGUUGGCUAGCAGCCGUUGGUGCAGGGCUUCUCAAAUCUGAGGAGAUUUUGGAGGGGGUAGCCAGGCUUCGAAUUUCAAACGAUAUUGAAUUUGAAGAGGAGACUUUCCUUUCUAUGAUGAAUGAAGCAAAAGAGAGACGGGUGAAGUCAAAGGUUGCUGCUCCAACCAUCCCAAUGGAGAUUCGAGUUGAGAAGGCUCUUGAAGCAGUUUAUGUCUGUUGCUUUGGGAGGGACCUUAUUGAGGAAAGAGAUAAGAGUCUAUUAUCCAUCAUGCUUGCUUCUGUAUUCCCAACAGUGGAGCAAUCAGAGAUUCAGAGGAUUGUCGAUGAGAAGUCAAGGAGAGUAGCUGAAGGCAGUGACAAUAACAAUGUCCUGGAGCCGAAGCCCUUGACAAAAGAAGCUGUAAAAAUGCAAAUGAAGGACCUCGAAUUCCUUAAGCAAAACCAAGAGACCUAAUCGAAGUUCUGCUUUUGAUGUUGUUGUAAUUAGAAAGUAAUUAUUUUGACCAAGUAUUGAGAGGAAAACUGCAGAGUUUUAUCUUUAUGCCAUUUUGGCAGCAUCAUAUCUCAAACUUCUAUUGUCCAUGUUGAGAAAACAAUGAAAAUGGUAUUUUUCCAUUGAGUAAUUAUGAAUAAUGCUAGUAAGAGUUGGCAAAGCUUUUUAA